AUGGCGGAAACAGGAACACAGCCAACAUCUGCUAAUUCCAACAUUCAGAGACAACGACUUCUCCGCGUCACCCUACUAGCUUACCGUAAUCCCAAUCUCACUGAAGAACAAUUCCACUACCAUUGGACAAAUAUCCAUGCUCCCAAAGUCUCUGCUCAUCUCGCCAAGUUCGGCAUCUUGAGCUACAAGCAAUAUCACUGUCCUUCAUCACUGCGUCAAUCAUUCACGUCCGCCAUCCCGAGUCUCAGUAAGGGUGCUGAUAGUGCAGCGGACUACGAUGGCUUUGUGGAGUUGUUGAUGCCCAGCCUGGACUGCUAUGAAAAAGCUUUGCAGGACGAGUAUUAUGUGAAUGUGGUCGCCCUAGAUGAUAAGUACUUUGCAGAUAUGGAGAGGUCGAAGAUGCUGGUUGGGUGGGAGGAGGUGUAUGUGCAGGAUGGCAAGCCAGUAAACUUCCCUCAGUCCACAGAGCAAGCUAUGGAGGAGUCAAGCAGGACAGAAAACAUCGAUUGA